AUGGGGUUGGUUCUGAUCGUCAUCAUGAUCCUCAUGCUCGUCGUGUACAUCUUGUCCAGACUGUUCGGCGCGACGUGCUGCAAGUGCUGCAACAAGGCGUACAAGCCGCGUAAAUUCACGAAGCGAGACGUGAAGAUCAACCGGAUCGCGAUGUUCAUGUUCGUGAUCGUCAUCGCCUGCGGGUCCUUCCUCGUCUUCGCGGAGGGCCCGGUUCUCAUCGACAACACCUCGGCUUUGACGGCGGCGCUCGUCGAACAAACGACGGCUCUCGUCACCGACGCGAAAACGAUCCAGACGACGAUGAACACCGCGUCCGCGGACGCAUCCAUGAGCUCCGUCUCCGUCAGUAGCGCGACGAGCGGUUUAGUCACCGCCGCGCAGGCUGUCGAGAAAGAAGCGCAAAAUAUGCAAGACCUCAUCGACAAGUCGUUGGAACCGGCGGGGCUGUACAUCACGAUCAUCGCGGGCGCGAUCUUUGGUCUGUCCAUCACGAUGUGGGCGCUCGGUUUCUUCGGGUUGUUCCGCCUCAUGAUCUUCUUCACGAUCUUCAUCUCCCUCAUGCUGAUAUUGUCGUGGAUCAUCUUCGGCCUCAUGGCCAUCGUCGCGACGCUCGUGGACGACGUGUGCUGGGCGUUCGAGCAGUACCUCAUAGACCCGACGAACUCCGACCUCUCGGAUUUCAUCCCGUGCAUGGCGGCUGCGGACGCGGUCGAAGCGUCGAACGCCGCGCGAGAGCAGGUCGUCACCGCAGCGAACUACAUCAACGAAAUAAUAGACACGUACGCAAGCACGAACGAGUACGUGAAGUACGUCUGCUUACCGUACGCGAAGAUCAGCAUGGCGACGUUGUGCACGGGGACGACGCCGUUUUACGCUCAAGACUACACCAAGUUCGUCUGCGACGCGUACACGAAGAAUUUGCUGACGAAGCUCACCGCGGACGCCGACGGGGUCGUGUACGCGUACCCCGAGGCGGACUGCACCGCGGGGUACCCAACGGCGAUGUACACCAUGGGCUUGUCCACGUUCUCCACGGACGCCGCGAGCAUCAAGUGCGAUUUCUCCUCCACCUCAGACCCGAUUCACGGCCUAGGGAUGUGUUACGCGAACAGGCAAAUUCCGUCGGACAUAUGGACGACGUACAAAGCGAGCGCGUCCGCCGCGACCGGCGUCAAGGACAUCCAAACGACGUUGGAUAACAUGCUCACGUGCGGUUUCGUCGACGACGCGCUCAGGGCGAUGGGCGGGCCGUGCGACAACAUGGCGGCGGCGUCGUACAACCUUUGGGUCGGGUUCAUGUUGAUAUCGAUGGGGUAUUUCAUGUUGUGGGUCGGCGCGCUCGUGCUGAUCUCUCGGCUGCAGUACUACAACGACUACUGCCGCGAUUCGGACGUGUACUCGAACAAAUACUACGGUUGA